AUCCGAGGUACCGAACCAUCACAGCUUGGUGCUCCUCUCGGUUUUCGACGCCAACGAACCCAACCGUUCGCUCGGAUCAAUGAUCCAUCUAAAAGAAUUGACGCCUUCAUGAAACAGGAAGAUGCGUCUACGCCGGGCGCCAUACCCGCUAAGAUGGAAGAACAAGGCGGGCCGACCGCCAGCCCAGUGAAGACCGAGGCAUGCCCACCACAAAAGUCGACGGGCGCGAGCAGUGAAGAGAGCUUAUCAACAAAAGUCUUCAGCUUUCUCGCGACGGCCACUCCAGAGACUCUCGGCGGUGUUGCCGUGGGUUUGGCCGCUACCACAUAUCUGGUGUUGGGCAGGCUGGGGCUCGUGCUGAUCGGCGCGUUCGGCGGGAUUGUGUCAUUUAUACAAUGGGAACAGCGAAAUGCCGAAGUUGUUCGGGCGGUCAGGGGGGAAAGAGGCAUAGACGUUGUGGCACGUCUUUUGACGGCGAGAAAGGGUUCAGAGGACGCCGCCGUCGAGGAGCCAAGCAGCAGCGAUGCGGAGAGCGCGCUCGUGCGGUCGUUCGACGACCUUCAGCCCGAGACCCGUGAGGCCCUGAACGAACUGGUUGAUGCCGUCAUUGAUAACUACGUCAAGUGGUGGUACUCGCCAAUUGUGCCCUCCGACAGAUCCUUUCCGCUAGCAUGCCGCAAGACACUCACGACCUUCCUCUCAUCCGUUUCCAACCGCCUAAGCAGGAAGCGCCCCGCAGAUGCCUUCCUCGACUUUCUUACGAAUUCAUCUUCUAUUCUCGUCGUCUUCAUGUCCGAAUUGUCCAACGCCUUCUCCGAGCUGCCGGUCGAUUCCAAGUUGAACGCUGCGGACGCUGUUUACAAUUACCUUGCGUCGCAUCCCGAGUCCAACCUGGCCACCCUGCUGGACAAGAAGCAACAGGCACACAAGUUCCGCCUGGCUGCCGAAGACAUGCUGGGGUUUUUGGAUCGCUCGACCUACGAAUGUGACCCUGUCAGGAUCUUUCUGAGGGAGAUUCUCGCAGGGGUCAUUCUUGAAACAACGCUUCAGUCGUGUUCCAAGUCUGAAUGGAUCAAUGCGUGGAUCGUCUACUUGCUCGAGUCCGGGGAGCCCGACCUUAGCCAGGCCAUAGACGUUGGCAUGCAGACGGGUCCCGGCAGUACGGACGUGGUGUUUGCUGAUCUGGACGGCAACGUGGGCAAUAUUGGUCUCACUAGGGGUAACAGGAGUUCCUUGGAGCUUGAGAGAGCGCGGAGAAAGGAGUCAAUGGCACAUAAAAAGAAACUGAGCAAGGCCGAGGAGGAGAUGGAACUGGCCAUGGAGGAAAUGAAGCGCUUGAACCAGAUGAUUGCAAGGGAAGGUGCGCAGAGUGGUGCGCAGAGUAAUGCGCAGGCACAGCAAGACGCAAAGUCGGAAAGGAACCGGAGCCCAGCAGAGGCUUCUGAGAGGCUCAAUGACGCCCUAGAGCGCCACGCGAAUGCGCAGGACAUCCGCAAGGAUUCGACUGAGACGCAGAACCUCCCCCAGCGUCCGGACACAUCCUCGGGCGACUCCAAAAGAGCAAGCAGCGAUGGCUCGUCUAGCAGAAACGAAGCCAUCCAUACACCCGCCACGCCACAAUCUGGUGUGACUCCGUCCUCGAAGCAUGAUUCGCCACCCUCAGCGACGGAGGGUUCUCGUUUCACAAGUUUCGACCAGAUUGUCCCACCUGCGCGAGACGAGCCAGAAGCUGAAGCAAAGGAGGCCCCCAAACCCCCCUUAACGUUGCACAACGCAACAAUCACGGUCCUGGAUGAACCCGGCGAUGGUCGGAUCAGAAACAAGCCUUCAUGGGAUUACUUGGUUCAGAUUGAACCGGCGACAACGCUCUACCCUGGGUGGAUGAUUGUUAGGAAGUACAGCGAUUUCGAAACACUGCAUGAAGUCCUCAGGCGGAUCGCAACCAUCUCUGGCGCAACACUAUUCUCGGAGAGACACAGCGCGCUGCCGUCGUGGAAGGGACAUACCCGAACGUCAUUGCGCAGUGAGUUGGAACGCUACCUCCGAGAUGCUUGCGCGCACCAGACCCUGGCGGAGAGCGAGGGUCUGAAAAAGUUCCUUGAAAGAGACAACGGACAUAUCCCUAGCGCCCCGAAGACUGGUUUUCAGGCGUUCGAGAAGUUGGGCAAGAAUGUCCUGGAUGUUUUGACCAGCGCUCCCCUCGAAGGAUCUAAAGCGGUGGUCGGCGGCGUGACCGGAGUGCUGGGUAAUAUCGGUCUAGGGCAGCGGAAGCCUGCGCCUUCUGCGCCGUCGCCACCACCGUCGGCCUUGCAAGACGUCACGGCGGCCAGUCGCCUAUCGAUCUCGACACUGCCCCGCGUUGAUAGCAGUGCUUCGCUGAGUGGGAUGCGCAGGACACGGGACAGCCUGGACAGCCAACGAUCGUCGGUCAUUGCGCUGCAGCCUGGCAAAGUGCCGUCAAUGGAUCGCCGACCCAGCAACAAUUCGCAGGGCGACGCGGAACCUGACAGCCGACGGUUCUCCCAAGCGUCCGCGAGAAACAGCCGGGAGUUCAGCCGACCAUCGAGUCGAGCACCUAGCCGGGCGCCCCCGAUGCGGUCGCCGUCGAGCUUCAGUUUCGACGAGUUCAGAUUGCCCCCGCCACCCGAUUUGAUAUCGGACGACUACGAAAGCCCCGUCAGCCCGUCAAACGCGCGCCCCCACGACUCCCAUCAUGCACGCUCGCUGACCAUGCCCGCACUAGACACGCAGAGACGGCUGAACGGACCGCCGCUUCAGGGCAAGCAACACUCGAAGUUGACGGAACAGGAAACGCGGGUCGCGGUCGAGCUCCUCUUUGCGGUCAUUAACGAGCUAUACACGCUCUCGUCAGCAUGGAAUAUCCGCCGCACCCUCCUCGCAGCGGCCAAGUCGUUCCUCUUGCGGCCGGGCAACCCGUCUCUCCUGUCCAUCCAAUCCCUCAUCCAGACAACCGUCCUGGACGCCAACACGUCGGACGCCGGUAUCGCGGCGCAUUUGAAGAAACUUCGGGAGAACACGCUUCCCACAGAGCAGGAGCGGGCGGCCUGGCCGGCGGAGAUGACGUCCGAGGAGAAGGAGAACCUCCGGGUCAAGGCAAGGAAGAUGCUGAUUGAAAGCGGCGUGCCCGCCGCACUUACAGGCGUCAUGGGCCAGGCGGCCACGUCAGAGGCGCUAGGGCGUCUCUUUGACUGCCUUCAGAUUGAGGAGGUUGCGAGAGGCCUCAUGUUCGGGGUGAUCCUCCAGGCCGUUAGAACGGUUACGCAUUGAUGCAAUCACGACACGGAAUAGUGAUGGAACAAUGAAAUGAAAGGGAUGCCAAGAACUAAUUGUGUGUGCAUGCAUGUACACUACUGUACAUCAGCCUCCUUGAAAGGGUGAGCCAGCGGAUGCCUUUGUACAUUUUUUGUUUCUUUUUUUU